GAAAAUAGGUGAUUACAUAACUUUAUGAGUAGUAUUUAUUUAAUCCCUGUGUGCAUGACAGCUACUGCUCUGGUCUUGUCAGUCAGCUGUGGUAGGUGGGGUCACAAAGAGCCAAGAUGGCUGAUUUUGAGGAGCCGCUGUCAGAUGAAGAGAAGGUCCGCAUAGCCGCCAACUUUGUGACACAUGCCCCCCCUGGAGAGUUCAAUGAAGUCUUCAAUGAUGUGCGGCUUCUCCUCAGCAAUGACAAUCUUCUUAGGGAGGGGGCUUCGCACUCCUUUGCCCAGUACAACAUGGAUCAAUUUACACCUGCCAAGUUAGAGGGAUAUGAUGAGCCGGUCCUGAUCACAGAGCAUGGUGACUUGGGUCAGGGACAUUUCCUCGAUCCUCGCAACUGUUUAUCGUUCCGUUUCGACCACCUAAGAAAAGAAGUGAGCGACGUGCAGCCAUACGAAGGAGAGACAGCCCUGAGAAGUUGGAGAGAUGCCUGUGAUACUGCCCUUAGUGCCUAUGUCAAAGAGCACUACCCUACUGGAGUCUGUACGGUAUAUGGGAAAACAGUUGAUGGUCAGCAAACGAUCAUAGCCUGCAUUGAAGGACAUCAGUUUCAACCCAAAAACUUUUGGAAUGGUCGCUGCAGGUCAGAGUGGAAGCUUACCAUUGGUCAGUCCACUGCUCAGGUGGUAGGAGUAUUGAAAAUCCAGGUGCACUAUUAUGAAGAUGGGAAUGUGCAACUGGUUAGCCACAAGGAGGUAGAAGACUCCAUACCAGUGACUAAUGAGAUCCAGACAGCUAAGGAAUUUGUUGACAUUAUUGAGAAUGCAGAAAAUGACUACCAGACUGCUAUCAGUGAGAACUACCAGACCAUGUCUGAUACGACCUUUAAGGCCCUGCGUCGUCAGCUGCCUGUCACACGCACAAAGAUUGAUUGGAAUAAGAUUCUAAGUUACAAGAUUGGCAAGGAGAUGCAGAAUGCUUAAAGCAAGGCCGGGGACUGACCAGGGAGAUGCAUGCUCCUGCUGGCCCACAACCCACCUGUACCUGCGCAAGGACUAACCAAAGCAAAACUAUAUCAAUAUGGGGCAAGGAAAAAAAGAAAACACAAAAAAAAUAUAACUAAAGGUGUCUGGACUGUUAGGCACAGAUGUCUGUCUGUUUGCAGGAAUGUUCAAUUAUGGAAAUAAUCAUGGUUUAGAGAAAAUGGUUGUAUGUUUGGACAGGGCUGUGCUCAGGACUGCAGCAUUAGAGAAGUAAAUUUCCUCAGCCGUCUAAGGAUCACAGACCUUCUUAGAAGCUAGUAUGAGAAGUUGUGUAUAUAUUCUUAUUCUUAGUAAAACUGAUGUAGAACUAUUACAGUUCUCAGCACACACAGAAGGAACCCGGAUGCACAAAGCAGCUCAUGAGAGAAAUCAAGCACACCAUCACCUAUCAGGGUUUGUUUUUAAGAGAUUUUGUGUCAUUGUGGUGCGAUGAAUUAGAACUCAAGUACAUGAGUAAAAUCAAAAUAUUGAGUAGCCAUUAUCUGCCGUGACAGUUUAACUGUCCAGUACCAAGCUGGCAGUCUUUUUGAACGGACAUGGGGCUUAGUUACACACUGCAAACAAAACUGAAGCAUAUUUAUUCCUGUUGCAAACAUUUAAAAAUGGCACAAUCCUUAGCAUAGCUCUGUUCCUGCACCUAUGUGGUUGUCAGUAUGUGUUACAGCCAAGGGAAUGUUGUUUUCUGUUGUGAUCCACUGAUGUAUGGUCUCUCCACCCAUGCAAGCUAUGACGACUGAAAUUAGAUAAAGCAACUUCUAUGACGCUGCAUCUGCAAUACAUUCUGUUCUUACUUUGGCAACACCCUCAUUGCUGUACAGCUUUUCCUUUGUAUAGAGGAAAACUUAUAUACUCACAUUAACCAAGAUUUAUUUGCCAAAAUCUCUUUCCUAUGGUAAAGAUCUCCAUCUUCCCAUCCACGUAUGCAAAUAUCUAUUUUAAUACACACGUUUUUGUUGGGAGUCUUCGAAAAUUGCUCUGUUAACUGCAACAAACUGUUUGUGUACUGGCCGGCGCCAAGUGGACAGAGCAGCUGCCACAUGAGGCACGAUCUUACUGUAAAUGACUUCUGUAAGGCCACAUCAUAUACUGUUUUGCAUCACUUCUGAGUAGGCAGACUCCAGAUCAGUUACUUGUUAGCUAUAUUAUGUGCUGUGUCUAAACCUUACAAUACAAAACUGUGUGCCGAUCAGUGAACGUCAAUACUGUACUGCCCCAUUCUGUUCAAAUAAAGAGAUUGAACGUGA